GACACCUGGCAUAAGGGCCAAGCAGUUCAUGAUCAUGUACAAUGUAUACAGACGAUAGAAGCAAGUGCUUGCUGAAAAAAACCAUCAAAAGGUAGCCUCAUCUCAUCUCACCUUUGUCUUGUCUUUGUAUGCAUCUUCACCCUGAAGGCCUGAACAGAAACACACAACCCCCUCGUCGCUUGCUGAUUCAGCAAUACAGCAUGGGCAACAUGAGGAAGACCUCCUUCCUCCUCGCGCUCCUCGCCCUCGCCAGUUCGAUCAUCGGCGCCGCACACGCACAGGUGGAGGAGAAGCAGUGCCAGGAAGGGCAGACCAUGGACGCGUGCAGGGACUACCUGAAGCAGCAGUGCACGGCGUCGGCGAUGCCCAUCACCUGGCCCUGGAAAUGGCGGAUGAGCAGCUGCCGGCGGCUGCGGCUGCGCUGCUGCGAGCAGCUGGAGCAGAUGCCACCCAGCUGCAGGUGCAGGGCGAUCCGCAGCACGGUCGAGGAGCUGCAGCGCGGCGGUCUGCCGGGCUCCGAUCAUCAUCAGAUGAUGAGCAAGGUGAUGGAGAUGGCAAAGACCCUGCCCUCCAUCUGCAACAUGGACCCAAGCUACUGCAGCAGCAUCCCCACCAGGAACUGCAGAUCACCCUAUGUGGUGUGAUCAUGGAAUAAAGUCUCCAGUGACAUAUAUACAUGAAUAAAGUUAAUUUCACCC